AUGUCUUUAAUAUGGCUCGUCGUGCCCUUCGCGCUGGGAUGGCUGGUGUACCAUUUCCGCUGGAGUUUCAACGCGCAGCUGAGUCGAAUCCCCGGACCCGUGUCCGCGAGGUUCUCCAGACUGUACCGUCUGUCCAUGGUAGCAAACGGACGUGCACCGCAGGAAUAUAAAGCCGCGCAUGACAGAUAUGGCUCGAUCGUGCGCCUGGGUCCGAAACACGUAUCGAUCGCGGAUCCUGCUGCCAUUCCAGUCAUCUAUGGGGUGGGCAGUAAGUUCUUGAAGUCGGAUUUUUACGGCCUCAUGACCCCGGUCUACCGCGGCCGACGCAUCGACAGCAUGUUCACAGCGCGGUCGAACGAAGUGCACAAGGCACUGAAAUCGCCUGUUGCGCAGUACUUCUCCAUGACUGGGAUGAAAGCCUAUGAGCCUUACGUCGACGAGUGCACGGAGAUAUUCAUGUCAGCGAUGCGCGGCUUGGAAGGCCAGACGGUCGAUAUAGCUGUCUGGCUGCAAUGGUAUGCCUUUGAUGUUAUCGCGAGCAUCACGUUCCAGAGACGAUUUGGAUUCCUCGAGCAGGCGAGAGAUAUUGAUGAUAUGAUUGCGCGCCUGGAUCGUGGGUUGCAGGUCGUCAAAUAUAUCAGCUCGUAUCCGGAACUAGGCGUCGUGGUCAGGCGGUUUCUCGGACCGUUGCUCUCGAUUUCUGGUCAAAAGGAUCCGCUCGUCGGCUUUUUGGACCUGUGUGACGAGGAAAUCGCGAGAUACGAUCAAUCCUCGAACGAGCAGAGUUCGCGGACGGAUUUUCUCUCUCAGCUGCGACAGAAGAAGAUGCCAUUGGGACCUGGGACCCCGGAUGAGAACAUGAUCAACCAUCUGAGCAAUAACCUGCUUGCUGGGAGCGAUACCACGGGCAUCUCGCUCCGAGCAUGUUUUUACUAUAUCCUCAAUAAUCCUGCGGUCCUCCACACGAUGCGCAAGGAAUUCGAUACCUCUGCAGCAGCGGGGUCGCUCUCGGAUAACUGUACGCUUGAGGAAGUUCUCAAGCUACCUUAUCUACAGGCUGUGAUAAAAGAGGCAAUGCGACUGCAUCCCGGAGUAGGUUUCCCUCUCGAACGAUAUGUUCUACCUGCGGGCGCCACGAUCUGCGGAGUGAAGCUGCCUGCUGGAACGAUUGUAUCCAUGUCGGCAUCGGUGGUGCAGCUUGACGAGAAAGUCUUCGGAGCCGAUGCUGCGGAGUUUCGUCCUGAAAGAUGGCUCGAUGGAGAGCAGGAGCAGAUUAAAUUGAUGGACCGGUCGCUGCUGGUGUUCGGUCAUGGUGCACGCUCUUGCAUCGGCAAGAAUAUUUCGCUCAUGGAAAUGAGUAAAUUCAUCACCCAGGUUCUAAGGAGCUUUGAUCUUGUUUGGGCCAAGCCGAAGCAUGAGUGGGCUACAGAAACUGCUUGGUUCUGGAAACAGACUGAUAUGCCUGUGGUAUUCAAGCGAAGGGAGGCGUAG